AUGUCAGAUUACUACAACAACCAACAACACCAGCAGCAAACACCAGCCUUCCAAGGAAAUUAUGACAAUCAACAACAAGGAUACCAAGUCAUGCAUCAGGAGGUCGGCGUUUACGAUCCACAAACACAGACGCACACCGCUCAAAGCUAUACUGCUUAUGACAUGAACCCCAAUGAUAACGUCAGCCAGGAGGGCGAUCGUGGCCUCCUUGGAGGUGUUGCCGGUGCGGUCGCAGGUGGCGCUACCGGUAAUAAGCUUUGCCACGGCAAGGGCUUCCUUGGGGCGCUUGGUGGCGGAAUGUUGGGUUCUAUCGUUGAAGAUGUCAUCAAAAAGAAGCGGUCAAAGCAGGACCUUUGCCACAACUCUCGUCCGUGUAGCCCACAGCCGCCUCAAACUUGUCAUCAACCACCUCAGCAAGUCUGCUACCCUCCACAACAGCAGUACCAAGGUCAUGUUAGUCAUGGUGGUGGAUUUGUGAUUGGAGCUGGUGCUGGUGCUGCGAGCGGUCAUUCCUAUAAUGGUACAUACGCACCAGCACCAGGCUACAGGCAGUGA